AUGUUAAAGAAUUUGGAUCUGAAUAGCAGAUUUAUUAUUCCGCCGUCUCUUUCAGAGAACUCACAGCGCUCUUCACCACAAUUAUACACGCUUUCUUCUACAAGGACACCGUCAUAUGUAUUUUUGCCUUCUGCCAGUUUAGAAUCCCCAUAUGCUUCGCCAGUAGGUAAUGAAAAAUCACCAACGGCUUCAGAUUUAAAAAUAAGGAAACUGGAACGGAGUGUUCAGAUGUGAAAGGAAAGAGGAAAAGUGUGGACAAAUGAACGAAAAUCGCUGAAGAAAAGGCUGACUGAGGUCAACCAAGAAUCAGGAACUUGAAACAGCAGAUUUGUUACUUUGAGGAGAACAAAAAACCCAAUUGUAAAUAGAGUGGCUAAUAAAACUUCUUGGAUAGGUAGCCUGGAGAAUACAGUAAAAUGGUGUGGGAAGAAACCUGCCCUCUUAAUUCUUGCUGCUGACAUCUCAUAGGGUGCGCAGGAACCUUGAGGAAGGGAGACGGCGUUCGGGAAUAUGUAUUCUGCUGGAUUUUUCCUAAUUUGGUGAAGGGCAAUGUCGGGUUAGCCGACCGCAAGCUUUCACUCCAAAUUCAGGCUUUUCCCUCAGAGGAAAAUUGGUUCGAUAGUUGGAAAGGGGUCUCCUAGCAGAGCAGUGGAGUUAAUCCUGACCAUUCGGAACUAUUCCCCAGCGUGAAACCAGAAGUUACGCCCUGGGCUUUUGAUUUCCAUUCAGGUUGAUAGUCAAUUAGAAAAAUAACCCAUUUUGAAAUUUUCCAUUGUGGGCAGCCGAUACGGUGAUGCUACUCACCUAGCCCUCAUCAGGUAGGAACAGCCUUCGCGAUAUUGUGAAACGCGAGCUGGCGAUCAGAAGGGAGGCCAUAGUGAUGAAGGCAGUCAGUUAGAACUGCAGCAGGCUUCUCUAUAAGUAUUAAUAAGUUAAUUUAAGGCUAGCCCAGAGAAAUCACAAAUAUUGAAAAGCACUGAGAUUUCUAUAAACUCAAGUGAUCUCGAAAGCAACCCUGACGUAGAGUCGCUUAAUGAAAGCAUUAAUACUUUAUUCAAGUGCCACAAGAAAACUGCUGAAGAUAUAAGAAAACAAAAAUCAUUAGCGUCUAAAACUAAAGAACAAAUAAAAUCGUUAGAAAAAUCAGUGACCAAAAUCCAAAAAACUAUCGAAAAACUUGCACCGCUGAUAAGUGUAAACUUAUCAAUACCAGAGAAAAGCCUUGUAGAUGAAUUAUCUGAUAAUUCUAAUUUGAUGACAAGAGAUUCUUUCAGUAAUUAUAUUUUUGAAGACAAAAAUAGCAGUAUUGGUUAUGCGUCACCAACUUUAAGUCAGUAUAGUCCUCCAUCAAAAUUCAGCUUCAAAAAAUCUGGGCUUUUUAAAGGCGAAAAAGAAAACAGAGACCCAAAUUUUGUAAUUGCUGAAAAUGAGUCAGAAAUCUUGAAGGAAGAAUUUGAUUUAAUAUUAAAUGAUACAAAAAGAAUGAUUAAAGAAAAAAUUGAGGCAUCGAAGCAUCAGUCACAAGAUGAUGCAGCAGUGAUGGGUAUUAUGGCAAAAUCUAUUGAGAGCUUAAUUUUGGGUAAGAGGUAA